AUGGUAACGAAAAAUGUAAUAUCAUCACUGUAUUACGUAUACAAUAUUUUCAUACACAGUAGUAGUAGUAAUAAAAAUGGAAUUGAGUUUGAAAUGGCAAAAUUUUACCACUGGAUUACAUUUAAUAUGAUGGUUCCCUUAUUUGUCGACAUUCUAGAAACAUUCUCCUUCAUUACUAUGAGGAGAAGAAUUGGUAACUCUUCCACAUUGCAAAGUACAGUUGUUGAGUUCUUUUUCUAUAAAUGGAAACAUAUUCUUCGGUUAUCAGUUCCUGAUCAGAUUGUAUAUCUAUAA